GCGAAUAGGGGGUUGCCAUUUUGACCAUAGCCAAUACCUUUAAUUUGUUUCCACUGUCUGCAAUACAAUCAUUAAUCAAAACACUAUCAAUCGUUGUUACGUUGCAACAUGCCGUCGCUCAUGGACUCGCUCGAAUCCGGAUUGGACUUCAUAGAAUUCCUCGGAGAGAGGAAAUCGACUAUGUCGGAUAGAAAAGAACUUCGUGACAUUUACAACUUAGAAUUCAAAUGCAGGGAAGGAAUGAAAGACCCCCACUUUUCCAACGUUCUAUAUGCCCUGCUGAAAUUCAACAAAGUCCGCAUACGACAGGGGAAAUUAUACUUUAAUGUCAAACCCCAGGUCCGAGUGUACUACUGUGACCAGUGGAGGAGACCUUCAGUACGUCAACAACAGAACAAUAUCACACCUCAGGAAAAUGGAGGAGCCCCAGAGCCUUUCUCUCCUCUCCUCCCAUCCUCUUCCGCUACCCAUGUCGACACUGUGUUGACACCCAAGAAGAGGCUUGCUAAAGAAAUCCUCCAAAGCCUAAAGGUGAACAGGGCAGAGUUGACCUCUGACAAGGGCGGCAUUGAGAUCACUUCAGAUCCUGAGAUGACCAAUGGUAAGGUCACGUUCAGCGUGGAGCGCCUGCAGGAAAUGUUUGUAGUCAAGUUCUACAUUUCUAACAACGGAGCGAGCUUUGUGUAUUUCACCUAUUACACAGCUCUGCACAGGAUCCGCUGUUUUACACUGAUGGAUGAGAGGAGAGUGACUCGGGCCUGUCCGCUCUUCCUAUGUCCAGGGGAAAGCUAUGAUGUAGAGGUUCACUAUUGGCUGCAUCAUUAUGGCCAUUUCCCUGCCACCAUGUACUUUGAGUUCUGCACAGAGUCAGACCCUCCAGGCUCCUCUAAGCCCUUCUGCAUAGUGAGGGAGAUGGAGGUAUCAGCCAUGACUCACUUAGCUGUGGAGCUGGGGCCUUUCGCUCCCUUCAAGCCUUAUCAAGUGGCGCCAUACAAGCCUGUGGACACGGUGAUAGUUGAGGGAGAGCCCCCUGAAAGAUCUGUUGUCCAGCCUCUGAAAAUGCUAGUGAAACUCGGAGACUAUAAGUAUCCCUUUUAUCUGAAGGACCUGGCUAAACAGAGACUGGAGGACUCUGAGUACCUCUCACCUACAGCCAGACAGAAGCUCUCAUCAGUGAGAAACCUCCUUAAAUGCCCCCUGAAGAUGAGGAACUACCACCAUCGCUUCCACCUCCUGCUGCACCUGGAGGAGAUCCAGAUGGAGGUGGACAUCAAGAAAUACGACCUCCAUAACCAAACCAUGACUCAGGACAGGGACAACAGAAGACUCCUGGUUCUACAAGUCCCGGGUGUGGCAGAGAAUAGGCCGUCUGUCCUAAGGGGAGACUGCCUGAAGGUGGCCAAGUCUGAGGACAAGGUCCAACCCAUCACAGUGUAUACAGGCUACGUUCACAGAGUGGAGCUAGAAAGAGUCAAGCUGGGCUUCUCAAAGAGGCUAGUGCAGAGCUUCAUCAGUAACACGAGGUUUGACGUGGAGUUCACCAUCAACCGUUUCCCCCUGAAGCUUCAGCACCGGGCGGUGGACCUGGCAGAGAAGCACCGGAUGGACGAGGUGCUCUUCCCAUCGGGCUCUGGAGUCCGGACUACCCCCAUGCCCAAACUCAGUAUGUUUAAUCGUCAGCUGGAGAACAACCCGGAACAACAUGCAGCCAUCCAGCGCAUCGUGUCUGGGGCCUCCAAGCCUGCUCCAUACCUGGUGUUUGGCCCUCCAGGGACCGGCAAGACUAUCACUCUAGUUGAAGCCAUGAACCAGCUGAACAGAGUGGAUCCUCUGUGCCACAUCCUGGCAUGUGCCCCAUCUAACAGUGCAUCAGACCUGUUGUGUGAGAGGCUGCUGGGUCACAUGGACCCUCACUGUGUCUACCGUCUCUACGCCAGCAGCAGACCCCUCAGCACUGUGCCCCAAAACCUCCUGAAACAUUGUAACUGGGACGCGAGCCAGGACAGCUUUGUGUUUCCCACAAAGGAGGUUUUGAUGGGCUACAAGGUCAUCAUCACCACACUGGUGACAGCAGGACGGCUUGUGUCCGGCGGCAUCCCAGUCGGUCACUUCACCCAUGUGUUCAUAGAUGAGUCGGGUCAAGCAGUGGAGCCAGAGAGCAUCAUUGGGAUCGCAGGCCUGCUCCAUCCAGAGGAGGGCCAGCUGGUAUUGGCUGGAGACCCUCAGCAGCUAGGACCCAUCUUACGAUCCCCCCUGGCCCUGCAGUAUGGAAUGGGGAUUUCUUUGCUAGAGAGACUGAUGAAAGACAACACACUGUAUCAGAAGGAUGGAGAUUUUGGACACUUUGACAGUCGCUUUGUGACCAAGCUCCUUCGCAACUACAGGUCCCACCCUGCUAUUCUGAAGAUCCCCAAUGAGCUCUUCUAUGAGAAGGAGCUGCAGGUGUUUGCAGACCAGUGGGAUCGUGAAACCUACUGCAACUGGGAGCAUCUGCCCAAGGAGGGGUUCCCAGUGAUAUUCCAUGGAGUGUUGGGAAAGGAUGAGAGAGAAGGCAACAGUCCGUCCUUCUUCAACGUGUCAGAGAUUGAGGUCCUGGUGGACUACCUCACCAAGUUGAUGAAGACCCAGGGCAAGAAGGGCCUGCCCAAACUAUCCCCUAAAGACAUUGGCAUCAUCGCUCCCUAUAGGAAACAGGUUGAGAAAAUCCAAAAAGCUCUGAAUUUUGUCAAAGAGUUGAGUCAAUGGAAGGACAUCAAGGAGCUCAAGGUGGGUUCAGUGGAGGAGUUCCAGGGACAGGAGAGAAAGAUCAUCAUGGUCUCUACCGUCCGCAGUAGCAUCAACUACGUUAAGAUGGACCAAGACUUUAACCUAGGCUUCCUCACUAACGAGAAGAGGUUCAAUGUGGCCAUGACCAGAGCCAAGGCCCUGCUAAUAGUGGUGGGAAACCCUGUUAUCCUCAACAAGGACCCAACUUGGGAGCGGUUUAUCAGCUAUUGUGUGGAGGAGGAGGGGUACACUGGCUUCGACUUCACUGACGCUGAAGGAGAAGAAGAUGUAGUAACACGACUGGCUUCCCUUAAAAUCACGGUGGAGUGUUCCACAGGUCUGGCAAAGGAGAGUGACCUCUAGCAGUAUGUCCAUCCAGAGUGGAGGACUGAGCAGUAGCCUUCUGGACACCAGCAAAGCUGUGCAGGAGCUAGGGCUGUGGCGGUCAUGACAUUUUUUCAGCCGGUCUCAUGGUAAUUGACAGUUAAUCAACAUAAACAUGUUUAGCAUCUCCAGGCCUCCACUCAUACA